AUGAUGAAUUUAGUAAGAGUGGAUGGUGUAUCGAAGAAUCUGGGAAUUGGAGGACGUGUUUUUGGGAAAGCCGGAAAGAGACAAAUAGGACAGAUGGGUUUGAAAAGAUUUGUUCAGGAAAGUUGGAGUGGCGCAAGAAGGUGGGAAAAAGAAAGGGUUUUCCUAUCGCUGGAAGGAGGCCGGAUCUCAGGCGAAGUGGCGUCUGACGGAGGCGGCCGAAGGCGUAUGUUGGAGGUGAGAGAAGCCGGAGCACAUGUCGGUGGUGGGUCGAUAGAGAAGAAGCAUCGUUGGAGGUGUGAUGAUUGA